CACUACAAUGCUACCUCAGAUGUCGGUUGCCAAGUUUGAACAUCGGUGCAUGUUUCUCUUGCUUCAUAGCCAGAACUCUCAACGCUUGGCUUCAGGUGUUCUCCAGUAUCUCAUCGUUGGUCGCCAUGGAUACCCCGGAGUAUAUCAAUGCUCCCAAAGAAGCCUCCAACGAAGUGUCAAAGACAUUCUUCCAAAAUGCUUCCGCACCACGUGUUAGCACGGAUGCCGCUUUAUUCAAUGCUAUACAGAAAGAGCACCCGAGCGUCCCCAUCACCGUCGUUCCCGAUGCCUAUGCCAACCUGAAGUCCUACGCCGCAGCGGGACAUGCAGGAAUCGAGACGAUCAGACAAAACGACGCCGACCAGAAGAUCUGGCCCGACUCACUAAGGUGGACUAUUUUCUUGCCGCCCGCCAGACGUCUUGGUGGCAGCAAUGGUAAAUUGGCUGAACUAACACAUUUUGGAUCCUACCUGUACAAGUGGAACGACAUGUCUUUUCUGGUCUACUACGCUAUCGGACGGGACGGAGUCAGUGCCUAUCCGCAAACACGCAAUCAGUACAUCUUGGGCGACAAGGCGGCGGUCCAGGCCCUUACCAUAGCAGCCGGUAGAUGGAGUUCAACGGUUCAUGCUGAAGUGUGGGUGUUCAACCGAGGUAUCUGGAUGAAGGACCGACUGCUAUUCGAGAGCGUGCAGAAGUCGCGAUGGGAGGAUGUAAUUCUCGACGAAGAUAUGAAACUGGAUCUCCUCGACACGGUCGAGCGCUUCUUUGACUCACAAGAGCAGUACGACCGUCUUCGUGUGCCGUGGAAGCGGGGCGUCAUCUUCUACGGACCUCCUGGCAAUGGAAAGACAAUCUCCAUCAAAGCAACUAUGCGUUCACUGCAUGAGCGAAAGUCCCCUGUCCCAACACUGUACGUCAAAACACUCAUCAGCUUUGUGCCGUCCGUGUACAGCAUCGAGGCCAUCUUCAGCAAGGCCCGCCAAGAAGCGCCGUGCUAUCUGGUCUUUGAGGAUCUUGACAGUGUGGUGACAGACAAUGUGCGCAGCUUCUUCUUGAACGCAGUCGACGGCAUAUCUCCAAACGACGGGAUCUUUAUGAUUGGGUCCACUAAUCACCUUGACCGUCUGGAUCCGGGUAUCGCGAACCGUCCUUCACGCUUUGACCGGAAAUUCUUCUUUCCCAACCCGAGUUAUGACCAAAGAGUACAGUACUGCAAGUACUGGCAGCGGAAGUUGAGCGACAAAAAGGACGUUGAAUUUCCAGAUGAGAUAUGUGAAGCCGUUGCGGAGAUCACUGAGAAGUUCUCGUUUGCAUAUAUCCAAGAAGCAUUUGUUAGUGCUCUACUGUCCAUCGUGAAGGACAAAGGUAGGCAUAAGGCUGUGCAAAAGCACGAAAUGGAAGAUCUGGAAGAAGCUUGGGAACUUCUUGAGGUUGCUGAUGGGAGUGCUGACCAAAUAGCAACGGCGCUCAAGGACAAAGACUUGGAGGAUUACGUCCUCUGGCGGAAUUUAAAACGCCAGAUCGAGAAGUUGAGGAAAGAACUACGUGAAGAGAAAUGAGGUUUGGGACAAUUUGACAAUCCGGCUUGCAGCAUGUUUGCGAAGUGCUCAAUCCCAUGCGCAAGGACCCUUUUUGCCCCAGUCGGUUUCUAUCCUUCACAUAGCGUGUCAACCUCCCCGCAGUCUUCUCCGGACGGUUUCGUCCGAAAGCAUCUUUUCUGCGACAAUCCGUGCC